AUGCAAAGGGCUUUAUUGAGUUCAUUAAGAAGAUCCGCAGGUAUUCGCUCGGGUGUCAACUCGAUGAGAGUUGUGAGACCAACAGUGCUCGCACCAAGAAUGUCGAUGAUUCGUUUUGCUUCUACGGAAGCAUCCAAGAAAGAAGGUAAGGAAGAUAAAGCGGAAGCUCAGGGUUCUCAAGAGCCAGAAACAGCAGCUGAGACAAAUAAGGAAGCCGAGGGUGCCAAGGUUGAAGUCAGCGAGAUAGACGAAUUGAAGGCUAAAUUAACUAAGAAGGACAGAGAAUUAGCAGACAUGAAAAAUCACUAUGCAAGAGCCAUUGCUGAUUUCCGUAACUUACAAGAGUCCACUAAGCUUGAAAAACAAAAGGCCAGAGACUUUGCGUUACAAAAAUUCGCUAAGGACUUGUUGGAAUCUGUCGAUAACUUCGACUUGGCCUUGAAUGCAGUCAAAGAAGACACAUUGAAGAACAACAGCGAGGUUAAGAACUUGUACGAUGGUGUUGACAUGACUAGAAAUGUCUUUGAGAAGACUUUGGCUAGACACGGAAUUGAAAAGGUUGACCCAAUUGGCGAACAAUUCGACCCAAAUCAACAUGAAGCUACAUUCGAGAUUGCCCAACCAGAUAAAGAACCAGGCACUGUUUUCCACGUUCAACAAAAUGGUUACACUUUGAACUCGAGAGUGUUGAGACCUGCAAAGGUUGGUGUUGUCAAGGACGCUGAAAACUAA